AUCAAAGUGGUAGGAAAGGACGUGGCAUGGCUGAAAAUCGGAAAAGAUGGUCGAUUGUACGCGCUGAAUCCUCUCAAGGGGUUCUAUCAGCAUGUGAAAGGAUUCACGCCAGUCAAGAAUUCUACUGGAAAAGAGUUCCUAACCAAAGAUACGAUUUUCACGAAUGUCGGAUACACGUCAAAUGGUCAGCCGAUUUGGAAUUCAUCCGAUUCUAACCGCGUUCAAGGUGAAGUGAGUUACGAUUGGAAUGGACAGCCGUUGAAUGAUAACGCACAAAGCAAUCUUCAGCAUCCACAAGCAUCCGCUGCAGUUCGAUGCAGUGACUGUCCGGCGAUGCACUCGAAAUGGGAUUCAGACGAAGGAGUUCCACUGAGUGCGAUUGUUUUUUGUACACGACGUCGAGCAGGUGUGCCACUUAUUUUUGAAUCUUUCGGCUGGCAACAAGCAGUAUUUCAUGCGUCAACUCUACGUUUUGACUGUAAAUGCGAUGGAAAAGGUGACGAAACAAGAUUUGAUCCAAUGGGCAUGACUCGUUACAUUGGUUAUCCACUUGGCGAAUAUAUUCAACAUUGGCUAAGUUUCGAUAAAACCGCUAAAAAGGAUCCUUCAUCCAGUCAACUACCGAAAGUUUUCUUCUUGAAUCUAUUCAAAGAAAACGCCGAGAAUAAAUUUCUAUGGCCUGGAUUCGGUGAAAACAUACGUAUUCUGCAGUGGAUUGUGCAUCGCAUCAGCAAACCCGCCGAGGACACUGCUACCAAAACAUUCCUUGGCUAUGUUCCUCGUUUGAACUCAAUAAAUCUUACCGGAAUAAAAGUAGACUGGGAUGAUUUGGUCGCAACGCCGAAACCGUUUUGGGUUAAUGAACUGAGAAUUGUUCGAAAAACUUUGGACGCAAUCAUUGGAAAUUCUGACUUUCCCAAGGCGAUCAGCGACGAAUUUUUCGAAUUUGGCAAACGUCUAUCGUCGACUUGA